AUGGAUCAAAAAAUAGAUCGUAAAUCAAAGAUAAGUUUUAUAGCUAAUGCAAGGUCAGCUGAUAAGAAUACAGAGAUACUUAAUGAUAUUGAGGGUUCUGCCUACACAGGAGAAGUCAUGGGAGUAAUAGGACCAUCUGGAUCUGGUAAAUCAUCACUUUUUGAUUUUUUGGCUAAUCAAUUUUCUAAGCAAAAAGUCACAGAAGGGCACGUAUUCAUAAACAACAAAGAAGUUAAAAUUAAUGAGCUUAACCAACAUCUUUCUUACAAAUCACAGUUUACCCCUUCUUUGGAAAAAUUAAAAGUAAUUGAGCAUUUAAAAUUUCAGCUUUACAUGGAGGGCACUAAAAUAACAGAUGAAGUGUUAGAAUCUAUUGAUAAGAUACUUCUUUCUUAUGGUAUGUUAGAUAAGAAGAAUUCAUUGCUUGAUAUGCUGUCAUCUGGUGAAUUGGAGAGAGUUAGUACAAUAUCUAGUGUUGUUUUAAACAAACCAAUACAAUUGUAUGACGAGCCACUGAGUAAGUUAGAUGUAUGUACAGCUCAUAGGAUGCUUGAAGAUCUUAGGAACAGUGCAAAGAAGAAUAAUACUUGUGUAAUUUUAUCAGUUCACCAGCCCAAUCCAGAGAUACUAUCUUAUUUUGAUAGACUGAUGGUUUUAUGUAAGUAUGGAGUUCUUUAUCAAGGUAGAACUGAAGAUUUUUCAAAAUACUUCAAAGAGAAGUUAAAUCUUUCAAUUACUACAGCGGAGGAUUUAAUAGAGUUAUGCUAUAUUAUUGAAAAUGAUGUGUCUUUAAGAGAUUCAGUUGUGAAUAUUUGUAAAAAGAACUACAAUAUAGAAGAAAAUUUACAGGUUGAUGAUGAUUAUGAAGAAAUUCAUACAAUAGAUAAGAAACCAUUAUUUAAGUUUAAUAUAUCUUUUUAUUUAUUUUUAAACUUUUGGAGAAUUUUUAAAAGCGGAUUUACAAUAUUUAAGAUGUUUUCUUUGACUUUACAGAUAUCAACAGUAUUAGGAGCAGUUUUUUUACAUUCUAUGAAUUUUUAUUUUAAAAAUGAGAAUAAUUUAAUGUAUUGUUUAUUUGCUUGGUUGAAUUAUUAUUGUAUUUAUCAAGUAUUUUAUUACUUCUAUGGUUCUUCCGUAAUUUAUAAUGAAAAUAUGAAAAAGUUUGAACGUCAAGAAUUUAUAGGUUUCCUUGAUAUGUUUAGAGGUUCAUUUAGAUUACAUGACUUUCUAACUUAUUUUUUAACUUUAAUAGGAAAAUUUAAAGGUUUUUUAUUACUUUGUUUAGUUUCAUUUUUAAGCUUUGCAAUUUUAUUUAUGUUUGAUUCUUAUUCACUUAAUUUGAUGAAUGAUGGUAAUAAUAUUGUUUCUACAUUGAUUUAUUAUGUAAAAAGGGCAAAAAUUAAUAUUUUUGAAAUGGUGUUCUAUUUCGCAAUUUCAGUUAGUCCAUUUACAAUAUUCUUCAGUUUAUUUUUCAAUAUUAUUUAUAUUGGAUUAUUUUUUAAGGAAUCAAAGGUAAACAUACUUUUUGCUAUUUUACUAGCAUUUGUGAAUCUUGGUAAUUUAAUACUUAAAUCUGAUUUAUUUGGUCAAAUGGUGGAAUUAUUAUUUAAUAUUUCUGCGUCAAAGUUAGUUUUCUUUAAAUUCAUUUACGGGUUUAUUUUUGCUAUAUUUGAUAUUAUUUUAUUUUCUAGUUGCUUACAAGUUACAAAUGGAUCAACAUUUAUGUUUAAAGAUUCUGAUUUAAAUAUUUUUUUAAGAUAUUUAUUCAAUAGUCAAUUUGCAAAAUAUUUAUUACCUUUCGUUGUUAAAGGUUACAAGGGUAUGCUUAAAGCGUUAAUUCCUUACAUUGUAGAGUGUUUGGUUGCAUUCUUAAUUAUUCCGUUUUUAUUUUAUUUAAAGAUUUAA